AGGAAUUUCUUGUAUCUACAGCAGAACUUAGGGAAAUGUGUGAAUAUUACUUUGAUGGAAAAGGGAAAGCCUUUCGACCAAUGAUUGUGGUACUAAUGGCAAGGGCGUGCAAUAUUCACCAUAAUAACUCCGGGAGCUUCACCCCUCUGUGCAAUCAAAGAAAUUGACUGGAACAGUUGGAGGGCAGCAUUAUAUCUGGCAGGGGGAGAGAGCCCACAAAUAUUAAUAGGGUACCUUGAUUAUACUUCACCAUGCUACUGCUGCCCUCAAAGAUCAAAAACUCUUGAGAGCUAAGAGAGUUCAGCUAGUCUCGUGCAAAGAAACAAAGAUAUAGAUUGUGACUCCUGCCAGAUGAUCUCUUCAAAAAAGCAGAAUUUUUACAGAAAAGUAACUUCCCACUUUCAGGUGAAUUUUUUUCAUCUCUUUUUCGCCACUUUCUCAGUGGUCCCUUUUACUGGUUUUUGUUCUUCAUCCUUUCCCUUCCCUGGCACUGUUCUUCAGACAGUUUGCUCUGCUUUUCAUCAGCUGAGCCCUCAUCUCUGCCUCCAGGGGUUGUGUUAUUGACACUGCAUUUCAUUUUCUUCUUCUCCAAUUGCCAGUCCUAACUCUUGUACAACCUUCUGCAUCCAGCAUAUUUUCCACUGUUAAAAUCUUGUUUGCUGUGUAAAUAGCAGUAGAAAGGAAAAUGAUCCCUCUGUAUCCAUUAAAAUAGCAGACAUCAGUUUACACAAUCUUAGGCCCUAAUUCUGGUAUGUGUUCUGCAUGGAUGGACCCCGGUGCCCAGGCAGAAUUCUAUUGGAGCUCCAUGCAGAAGCAGGGAUGCACCCACACAGAACAGCUUGCAUGAUUGCAUGGUCAUAUUUCUUACAAUUAAAAAAACAGGUCCCCAAACUAUUCUCAGUAGAUUAGCCUCUUUUUUUCCUUCAGCAAGUUCACAUUAUCCAAGCCACUGCAAGGAAAAUUAACACUCAGUUAAUAUUUUGGAUCCCUUGUGUCCUCAUUACAAGAUCAGUGGAUGAAGUAUGCAAAUUGUUCAGUGAUGCAGGAAGUCCAGUCUGCUGACAUAGUUUAUGGCACAGGGAAUUCCAAUGAGCAGUUGAAUGCAUGAAAGAGGCUGGAAACUUUUACAGUUGUUUUAAGGGAGGUGCAAGCAAGCCAACGCUCUGUGGCCAUAAUUGCAGAGAUGAUCCAUACUGCUAGUCUAGUUCAUGAUGAUGUUAUUGAUGAUGCAAAUUCUCGGAGAGGAAAAAUGACUGUUAAUCAAAUCUGGGGGGAGAGAAAGGCUGUUUUAGCUGGGGAUUUUAUCCUUUCAGCAGCUUCUGUUGCUUUAGCAAGAAUUGGAAACACUACUAUUAUUUCGGUAUUAAGUCAGGUGAUUGAAGAUUUGGUGUGUGGUGAAUUCCUUCAGUUGGGCUCCAAAGAAAAUGAAAAUGAGAGAUUUACUCACUACCUCGAGAAGACCUUUAAGAAGACUGCAAGUCUUAUCGCAAACAGUUGUAAAGCAGUUUCCAUACUAGGCUGCCCUGAUCCAAAAGUUCAUGAGAUUGCAUACCAGUAUGGAAAAAAUGUUGGCAUAGCUUUUCAGCUAAUAGAUGAUGUGCUUGAUUUUACAUCGUGUGCUGACCAAUUGGGGAAACCAGCAGCAGCAGAUCUCAAACUUGGAUUAGCCACAGGCCCUGUUUUAUUUGCUUGCCAGCAGUUUCCAGAAAUGAAUGCUAUGAUCAUGAGGAGAUUCAGUUUGCCAGGUGAUGUUGAACGUGCUCGGCAAUAUGUACUUCAGAGUGAUGGUAUACAGCAAACAACCUACCUCGCCCAACGCUACUGCCAUGAAGCGAUGAAAGAGAUUAGUAAACUCCGGCCAUCCCCUGAAAGAGAUGCCCUCAUUCAGCUCACAGAAACUGUACUCACCCGGGACAAGUGACACACCUUCUUCCACUCAUUCUGGCAGCUACUUACCAGACUGUGCCUACAAAACUACACUUCAAAACAUCAUGGUUUGCUUCCAGUGCUGGUUACCAAAAAAUAUUUUUAUAAAAUAUUUUCUGAAAUUAAUGUACUUUAAGUUUAUGAAGACAUUUGAGGGAAACCAUACAACUAUGAAACAAGAUCUUAUUGUACUAAUUCUGUCUAAUUGUUUUAAUAAGGGUGUUUGUUGUGGGAAGUAUUGUUUACACUUAAUAUUGAUGUACAAGGCCAUAAUGAGAAUAAAGAUCAGUUAAAAUUAA